UGGCAAUUUGUCUCAUGUGACCUGCUGUAUUUUACACUUAGGACAAAAGUCUGAUCAGAGCAAAACUCACUGUAUUUCCUUCCCAUGACUAAUCUGCUAAAAUCAUACAGAAAGGAAAUGAAGAUAAAGAUAAGCAAAAUAAUAAGGAGAAUGACAAAAUUCUGCUGAACUGAGAGUAAACAGAAGUGACCAGGAGGAAGAGUUUCUUUCAAUGAGCCCAGUGAUUGAUUGACAGUAGUUUUGUGUUUAAGUAGAACACCACUCCAAAUGCACACUUUGGGGAGUACUUUGGCUUUGAGAUUACUGAUCUCCAUCAUUAUCAUGGUACCUGAUUCAAGUAGUCCAUGCAUGGAUGAAAAGCAGACGGCAUUAUCUCCUCUAGAAGUUAAUACUUCACUGUCUGAGCAGACAGGUGCAAAGGUUGUGCUCUGUUGUCCUUUUAUUCCACCAUCAAGAGUGUUGGUGAUUGUAACAUGGCAAAUAGUCCUCAGAGACAAGCCUUUGUGCAGCAUUUCCUACAAGAGAGAAACAAAUGAGACUUUGGAGAACAACUGUACUGAUGGGAGAAUCACCUGGGCCUCCAGACCUGACCAGAGUCCUCACCUUCAGAUCCAUCCAGUAGUCGUCUCUCAUGAAGGGAAUUACAGGUGUCAAAUGGCAACAAUUGAUGGGAAUUUCGAACAUAAUUAUCACCUCCAAGUGUUAGUGCCCCCUGAAGUGACUGUGUUUCCAGAGAAGAAUAGAACCGUGGUGUGCCAGGCAGUUGCAGGCAGGCCAGCUGCACAGAUAUUUUGGACCCCAGAGGGGGAUUGUGCCCCUGAGAAACAGGACGGGGUCAAUGGCACAGUGACCACCAGGAGUACGUGCCAUUAUCCAGAUGGCAACGUGUCCACCGUGACCUGCUUUGUCUCCCACCCAACUGGCAACAGGAGUCUAUCCACAGAUCUGCUUCCUGAUUCAAGUAGUUCAUGCAUGGAUGAAAAGCAGACGGCAUUAUCUCCUCUAGAAGUUACCACUUCACUGUCUGUGCCGAUGGGUACAACAGUUGUGCUCUGUUGCCCUUGUAUUCCUUUGACAAGAGUGCUGAUAACAGCAUGGCAAAUAAUCUUCAGAGGCAAGCCUUCAUGCAACAUUGCUUACGACAGGGAAACAAAUCAGACCAUCGAAACCAACUGUGGUGACAGGAGAAUAACCUGGGCCUCCAGACCUGACCAGAGUCCUCACCUUCAGAUCCAAGCAAUGGCCAUCACUCAUGAUGGGUAUUAUAAGUGUCAAAUGGUAACAUAUGAUGGGACUUUCCGUCGUGGAUAUCACCUCCAGGUGUUAGGUCACCAAACACCAGAAUCUCCAGGUUCAACUCUGCUGAUAAUUCUCUAUGUGAAACUUACUCUUCUUGUGGUCACUCUGGUCAUUGUGGGAUUCGCUUUCCUCCAGAGAAUAAAUGAUUGCAGAGAAUAAAAACCAGAAGAGUUGGAAGUCAGUCGAUGAGACAUUACAAGAAAGAAGCCAUUUGUAAUCAGCAUUCAUGUGCAACGUCUAGCCUAAGUGCAUUUUAGUACCUUAGCAUUUAUGAGAAUGGACAUAAUAAGUUGGCAAUCUGCUUCAAUCUCUUACCAUACAGUAUGUACACAUGAAAAAAUUUGGUGCUUUCUCUCAUACAUGUCAAGAAUAUCUUAUCUAUUCUCCCCUUUCCUUCAGUGAGUGCUCAUUUGCAAAAGUAAAACAAUCCUGCUUCUCAGUGUAAAGAAGAUGGCUCAGCAACUCAAACAACAAUGUUGAGCAGUUUUUAUAUACCCUUGGGUCCUUUGAAUGGUACUUUCAUCCAGCUUUUUGGUUUCUUUGCCCCCUUGAAAUGCUAAUCCAAGUUGCAAUGGCUGGAGUCACUAUAAAAACUGCCUACAAAUGGGCCAGUAGCUGACUUUCCAUCCCUUUUUUUCUCACUAGCAAGUAGCAGGGCAGUCCCAUUGCAUAUCUGAACUAAACACUGAGUGAAUGACUUAGAGUCCUUUUUAGCAAUGCUUGCAUUUUAGUAGAAUUUAUAAGUUAUUCUCAACUAAGGAACUGCUAGUGUCCUUGGAGACAAUGCCGAAGGUCUUCUUACCUUUUAGAGCUCCAAGUGUCUCAGUUCCAUUUGUGGUCUACAUUCUAAGUUACAGAGGUUGGAUUAAUGAGGGUAAAGGGUAAGAUAAUAGUGAAGCGCUAGUAUCUUGAAAGGCCACUGUAAACUGAGACCUUAUCUCCACUUGAUUCAGAUGGUAAUCCUGUAGUAAAAAAUAUUGUUUCACUUAGAUAAUUCUUUUUCUUUUUUGAUAAUGUAG